AAUGUGCGGCGGCCGGUGUGGAUAGUGAGGCGCACCGCCACACAAUAGUCUAUGUGUGGGAAACACUGGAGUUCACCUUCGUUUUUUACUCUAAAGCUCCCAGACUUCAGUCAGACUUGGCAGACUCCGUCAUGUUUGUCACUUACUUCCUACUGCUGAGCAGUCUUGGUCUUGUCAUUACAACUCAAGCUCAAGACUGCUCCAAACCUGCAGGAGGAGACAACAUGGGUUUGAAGGGCGAUGACAUUCUUUUACAAACAUUCCCAGAGGGGAAGCAAGUGACUUUUGCCUGCAAUGUUGGCUAUGUGACUGCAGGAGGGUCUCCAUCCAGUACUUGUACUGCUGGCACCUGGACUCCUCUGACGCUGAAAUGCGAGAGGAGGGACUGUGGCUUUGCUGGAGAAGUGGACAACGGAAAUGUCGAUUACCCUGAAGGGACACACUUUGGUGAUAGACUAGUGGUCACUUGCAACACCGGCUUCUAUAUGGUCCCCAACAAAGGUCAAAUCCUUUGUGGAGCCCAAGGGUGGAUGGACAGCUUGCCUGUAUGUGAAGUGGUGACUUGUGGUCCGCCACCUGUGGUAGUGAAUGGUGUUUUCAGUCCAGUCAAAGAAUCCUAUGACUAUAGAGAAGUUGUACAGUACAAAUGUCAAAAUGAUUAUACACUUAAUGGAUCAAUUUCAAUAUCAUGUUCAGAACAUGGAACAUUUGGUCCUGCUCCAACAUGUGUCCUGGUUCGAUGUGAGGAUCCUAAUAUAGCCAAUGGUGAACAGGUUGAUGGUUCUCGACCCCCUCAUGGAUACAAUUCUACGGUGACAUACGAGUGCAAAUCUGGGUAUGUUAUGGAAGGAGGAUGCAGCCUGACAUGUGGAAUAGAUAGUCAGUGGUCACCUGGACUUCCAACAUGUCAAAGGAGGGACUGUGGCUCUGCUGGAGAAGUGGAAAACGGAAAUGUCGAUUACCCUGAAGAGACACGGUUUGGUGAUAAACUAGUGGUCACUUGCAACACCGGCUUCCAUAUGGUCCCCAACAAAGGUCAAAUCUUUUGUGGAGCCCAAGGGUGGAUGGACAGGUUGCCUGUAUGUGAAGUGGUUCGAUGUGAGGAUCCUAAUAUAGCCAAUGGUCACCAGGUUGAUGGUUCUCGACUCCCUCAUGGAUACAUGUCUAUGGUGACAUAUGAGUGCAUAUCUGGGUAUGUUAUGGAAGGAGGACGCACCCUGACAUGUGGAAUAGAUAGUCAGUGGUUACCUGGACUUCCAACAUGUCAAAGUAAGUCAUUAAUUGAAAUUACUACUUGGUGUAAGUCUGUAAAGAAAGGUCAACCUGUUACGUUUGCCCAUGAUGAAAACAUGAUUAGUAUACUAAUCCAGAUGCCAUCACAUUUUUACAUGUGAUUAAUCUCAUAACAUUGCAUAUACUUCCGUCAGUAGUUUCCCUUUUAG